AUGCAUUCUUCAUUGUUUUGCAUUUCUGUUUUUUUUCUAACAUUCCUUAUUGUAUUUACUCAAUCCACACGUGUAGCUGAUCAAAUGUAUGUAUCAUUUGAUCGUGCACGUUAUUGUGUUCGUCAUCUUAAUGGUACACAUGAAAUCGGUUGUCAGUCAUCUAUGAGAGGCAACUCCGGUCGAAUGUAUAUGAUUGAUAAUGAGAAUGAAUUUAAUUCGUAUCUUAAAGAUAGUAAAACAAUUGAUUCAUCCAAUUCAUUUAUUAUUGCGCUUAAUAUCGAGUUAUUUAAUUCCGAAUAUGUUGAUAAAUUAAUGAAUCGUCUUGAUUCAAAAUUAAAUGGUCUUGUAAUUUAUUUAAAAUCAAAUCUAUCUCGACCUAAAGAUUUUUCACAUGAUGAUCAAUGUCCAAAUCAUCGUCAAUCUUAUUAUUUAAAUCAAACUGAAACAGUUCAUUGGAAUCCGAAAGGAACUGGUUUAUUUUUUCGUUCAUUUCCAUUUCCAAUUGUAUUACUCGAUGAAAAAGAUGAUUAUGAACGCUUAGAUAAAUUUUAUCGUCAAUUUUAUAAUACUCAAUCAUCACCAACAUGUGGUCUAGAAGUAAAAGCAUUUCAAAGUGCUGCACAUACAUCGAAAACAUGUAUGCGUAGAAAUGAAAUAUCACAUUCAUUACUUGAUGCUGUCGAUGGAUUUUGUGAUCCUGUUGGUGGUUUAAAUAUCUAUAGUAAAUUACCUGAUUCAUUAACUCUUGUACCAAAACAACGACAACCAAAAUCAGUUGUUCUUAUUUUAGCAACAACAGAUAGUUUUCAAAUGUUUUUGAAAGCACAAGGUACAACAGGUGGUGCACAACAACCAGCAACAGCACUCAUAACAUUUCUUGCACUUGCUCAUGUUAUUGGACAAGAACAAAAAGAAUUUAAUAAACAAGAUAAAGAAAUUAUAUUUGUUACACUUGAUGGUGAUGCAUUAGAUUAUUCAGCUUCAUUUCGAUUUCUAUUUGAUAUGAAUAAUGAUUAUUUUCCAGCUGGUGAUAAAAAUGAGCAACGUAUUAAAAUAGAACAUAUUCAUUCUAUUAUUGAAUUUCAAUCAUUAAGUUUUUCUAAUAAUCUUUCUCUUUAUGCAUAUCCAUCAUCACCAUCGAUAAUAAAUGAAACAUUUAUCGCAACAUUACUUGAAAAUAAUCCAAUGAUUACUCGAAUGAAUGCUAAUUCUCCUCUACCACCAGCAUCUUCACAAAUUUUUCAGCGUGAAACAUCAUCAUUAUCUUUUCCAACCUAUAUUCUAACAUCAACAAAUGAAAAUCAAUUAUUAAAUCAUUAUUAUCAUUCAUUUUUUGAUGAUCCUUCAACAUUAUCAAUUAAUAUAUCAUCAUUAGAAUAUAAUACAACUACUGAAUUCAGUCAAUGGAUUAAAAGUAUUGUUGAACCAUUAGCUCAAACAUUACUUGAUUCAUAUGUUGGUAAUAAUAUAACAAAUGUUACUAUUGAACAAGAAAUUAUAAAUAAUCUUGUUUAUUGUGUUUUAAAAAAUGUAAAUUGUCCUCUUAUUCAUAAUGUUUCAAAUGAAUCAAUUGGAAAUUCAUUUGAUGCAUUCGAACAAACAUCAUUACCUUUUUCAAUAAAUACUUAUCCAACAGCAACAACACCAACAUUUCCUUUUGUACAAAAUAUACUUAGUUAUUUUUUACGUGAUCGAGAAUAUGAUAAACAAAAUUUAACUGAAACAAAAUGUUUAGAACAGAAAAAUAAUGAUACUCUUCGAUUGUAUAGAUAUGUUGGUGGAUAUGCACCAUCAAUAAUAUCUGAACAAAAUUAUUCUGGAUACUGUGUUCGAUCAUAUUUACGAUAUGCACCGUCAUCUUCACCAGCGUUUAGUAUUGAUAAUUAUGAUCUAUCACAAACAACCUAUCCAGCAUGGACUGAAAGUCGAUGGACAACUUUUACUUUACGGUUGUUUAUUAUUCCAACAAGAACACAUGAAAUAGUUACACUUAUUAUUGGUAUUCUAUUACUUACGAUUUCAUUUAUUGUCUUUUCUGUAUUACGUUGAAAAAGCUUCGAGACCCGGACCCGACGGGCUCUACGUCCAAUACAACAUUUGCUUGGUCAGUCAGCAUCUCCAUCUUCAUAUCAUCCAAAUGCUGGUUCAAUAACUCCAACACAAUCAUCAGCUCGUCGAAUAAAUUCCUCGUUAUCAAAACAACAGCCUCAAUCAUCAACUGGUUCAUUAAUACGAACGAAGAAUCAUGAAAUUAAUAUUUAG